AUGCGGGAAUGUGUCUCCACUGCAAGAAUUUCAGUUCCUAUCAAUGGCUCUCCAACUGAGGAGUUCAGCCCCCAAAAAGGUCUUCGGCAAGGUGAUCCCUUAUCACCACUCCUAUUCAACUUGGUUGUUGAGGCGCUGAACAUACUAUUUCAAAGAGCUAUGGAGUUGAAUUUGCUAAAAGGGGUAUCUAUUGGUUUCAACCAAGUGCGACUCUCCCACCUACAAUUCGCAGAUGAUUCACUACUAUUUUGCGAAGCUGAGCUGUCAGAAGUCCUUGCUUUGAAAAGAAUACCCAGAUGCUUUGAAGUGGCUUCAGGCCUCAAAAUCAAUUACCACAAAAGUGUGGUUUGUGGUGUUGGUAUUUUAAUCUUUGAACUUGCUGUUUUUGCAUCCCUACUGAAUUGUAAGACCCAAACCCUUCCACUUAAGUAUUUAGGAUUGCCUUUGGGAGCGAAUCCAAGGAGAAAGAAAACAUGGCAACCUGUUAUUGAUAAGUUUAAGUUGAGACUUGCUGGUUGGAAAAGAAGACUCCUCUCUUUCGCAGGCCGAUUAAUAUUGGUGAAAGCAGUACUAUCAAGCUUACCUGUAUACUUCUUGUCUCUAUAUAGGCUGCCUGAAGGAGUUGCUAAAAUCGGGUUUUGGAAUGAUAAUUGGUGUGGAAAUAUUUGUCUAAAAGAUGAGUUUCCUCAGAUCUACAGGCUGUCACUCAACAAGGAUGGGUUACUCAAGGACUUUGUGGAUGUCUCUGGCCCUACUAAGCAUUGGGUUUUCACAUUUAGGAGGCCCCUCUUUAACUGGGAGAAAAGUGAACUACUUAGACUCACUACCACCCUAUAUCCAACUCCCAUACUUAAUCUGGAAGCCCAAGACAGUGCAGUAUGGUCAGAAGCUAUUGCAGGGCAGUCUCUUGUCUCGGUCUUUUAUAAUCAUACCAGCAUUGCCCAUAGAUCAUGUAAUCAUCCUAUUCGUCUGGUAUGGAAAGUUUGGACUGGGCUAUUAAAGUGGUGGGGGACUACUUGGGUUGUCCCAAAUUCUGUCCCAAACUUGCUGCUAUGGUGGUCAGUUUAUGAUUGCAGAAAGUCUGAACAUCGAAUAUGGAAUGCUAUUCCUCUAGUAACUCUAUGGUCCAUCUGGAAACAUAGGAAUGAAUGUCUCUUCAAAGCAUCUUCGCCAAAUCUACAGGAGCUACAAGAGCUCAUUGUCACCAGGAUUUCCAUUUGGUUGAAAGCUACGUCUACGAAGCUCCACUUUUCGAUCAAUGAUUUUAUGUACAACAUCUCAGCUGUUAGGCACUGUAUCAAUGAAGCGUAA